CACCCCGCCUCGUCGCACUCAGCCUCACGACGUCUCCUGCGCUUCCUCUCCCACCCCCACCAUUAACGCCCUGAUCAGGGAGGGGAAGGGAGAAAGGCGCGAGCUUUCUGCAGUUCCUUGGAAUCUCGCUAUGCUAAAGAGGUCCCAUAGAGGGUUCCGGCUCGGUCGGAAGCUGCUCGGCCUCUGGAGGUGGGCGCUCUGCAGCCGGCGCCGGCGCCGGGAAGGCUACAUCGGCCUGCAGACUUGCCCUGGUGGCGACUGCGGGGAGCGCGCGGCCAAGAAGCUCGCGCCGGUGCUGCGGUGGGGCCGGGCUCUGGCGCGGCGACUGAGCCUCGGGUCGAGGGUCGGGGGCAACCGGAUACUGGACGGCGGCGAGGCGGUGACGACCCCCAAGGGGCAGGUGGCGGUGUACGUGGGCGGCGCUUCGCCAGGGGAAUCGAUGAGGUAUGUCGUGCCGGUGGUGUACUUCAACCACCCCAUGUUCGGGGAGCUGCUCAAGGAAGCGGAGGAGGAGUUCGGGUUCCAGCACCCCGGCGGCAUCACCAUCCCCUGCCCCGCUGCGCGGUUCGAGCGCGCCGCCGCCGUGGCGGCCGCCGGGAAGAAGGGGUUCGGCAGGUGUUAGCAUCGAUCAGUCGUUAGGCCGGUGGUGGAGGCGGGUGGUGUACAUGUGUGUAUCCAUCAGAAGGGGCUGGCUAGCUAGUUUUUGCUCUUUCGAUUCUUGGUUGUGUUUAACUGAUGCAUGCGGUUCUUUGUUUCUCGAUGCUGGAGUAUAAUAGAAGCUAUUCUUGUUCCGAGUACGCGAGUUCAUCUUCAAAUCAAUGGAGUUUCUUCGGUA